AUGGAUGGGGGACAAUUGUCCCGCUAUAGUCGAAGUGAAGAUCAAGUGAAGUUUGCCCUCUCUGACAUGUCCGAGGCCAAGAGCAGCCUUGAGUAUGCCUCAUUUUUCAUGGUCAUGGAUGCCUUGGCCACCAUGGUCUUUAAUUCCCUGGGUGCUGCCUAUGUGGUCAUGGCUGGCAUCACUGCCAUCAAUGGCCUGGUGGUAGCAGUCCUCAUCGCCAACUCCCUGAAUGAAGGCCUCAGCCUCUACAGGAGUUUCCUCCAACUGGGCGCUGGUCUGAGUAAUAUCCGCGUGUGGGACCUGCAGGACUAUGUAUGCCUCCAUUCCUUCUGCGGGAAGCUUUUUGGCCUGGGAAACUGCCCCAUCACCAGCGCCUACUGCCACAAGAAUGACAACACCCUCAUCUGCAGCACCUACUCAAUUGGGAUCCUAAAAGGGUGCAUGGACACCCAGGGGCCUCGGAAACCCAGGAAGAACACGACAUACGACACACCCCUGUGUGCUGUCCUCUACAGCAAGAUUUUCAAGCAGGUGGUGAGUGGCUGCCUGAGCGGCGUGGUUAGCGUGUGGGACAUUUCGACAGGCAAUGGAAUGAUGGAGUUCUCUGUGACUGGUGACCAACAAGUGGAGCUGACUGCCAUGUCCCUGGAUGAGCCCGAGCGGUGCCUGCUCACAGGUUUGCGUGACGGCACCAUCAAGAUGUGGAACUACAGCACUGGCAAAUGCCUGCUGACCUUCCCCAACCCUGACAAGCUAGAGAUUAGUGGGGUCAUCCAUAUGAACAAAGUGUUCUACGUGACCGGAUGGAGUAAGAGAAUCACUUAUUACAUGUUCCACAAGGCCAUGUCGGUGCUCUCGUGCCAACACUGGCAGACCUUCCACACGGAGGAUGUCCUGAGCAUGGCCAAGUACCAGAACCACUUCCUCGGGACCUCCUCCUACAACGGGGACAUCCUCUUUUGGAACGUCAACAUGUUCAAGCCCAUCCUCAAAUUCAACGCCUCGGACAGCCCCUUACCCUUGCUGCCUAAGAAGGUGCAGCAAGAAAGGGACAACUUCUUGGUCAAGAGGCACAGGCCUAGCGAGCCCGUUGUGGAGCAGAAGUGGGCACUCAAAACCUCCAAGUGGCCCCUGGGCCCCAGCCCCAAGACUGUGGCCAAUGCCAACCUGAGGCAGAACCUGACAUCAGCACCCCCGGUGAUGAGACACCCCAGAGACAAGGAGCCAGCUGGGCCUGUGCCCCUGCAGAAAUCUCCUCUCAACGCUGUCAGCCCCAAGCAGUUCAGAAUGUUCUAUGACAAACAGCCAUUCUUCCAAGAGGCUGAAAGGAGAAAAGGGGACUUACAGAAGAUGUUGCUACAAUCUAAUACAUCCGUGGAGAAGAUAAUCUUCCUGCAGAGCAGGCCUCGCCUGCCACACACGGCCACCCUGAUGAGCAGCUGCAUCGACGGCUACAUCUACGCCUGGUCCAUCCACGGGAAUGGAGGCCUGCUGGGGAAGUUUCCCGUGGACCUCAACGACAAUAGGGAUGUGGUGGUGGGUGCCAUGGCCACUGAUGAAAAUGACUGGAUCCUUGUCACGGGGGAUUGUAAAGGAUACAUCAAGAUCUGGGACAUCAAGGAUUACUGCGCACAUGCCGAUGGGCAGUCAUCUCCACCCAGUGGAACCAACCAAUUCCGGUUGUUAAUUCCAAAAUCGAGUCAGAUCGACCUCCCAGACUACAUCCCCCUGGAGGACAAGGAGGUUGUGGCUGGCCAGACCAUUUCCCUGGUUCCCCCCAAGCUUCUGAUCGCCUGGAAGGGCCACUUGGAUAGUGUGUCCGACAUCCUGUAUGUGAACAGCUUCCAGCUGGUGAUCAGUGCUGGCCAGGACUGGAAUGUCAAGGCUUGGAAACUCUCCGGUGACGCCAUUGGGACAUUUGGCCUGAGUCUUUGGGAAAGGCUUCAGGAUGUCCAGGUGGUUGGUGAUCAUGAACUCCACAAACGCUUAAAGAAAGAGGAUGGCUCCAUAGACGCCUCCCAGAAGGCCCAUCCAGAGAUGCAGGACGAGCGGGAUUUUGCUGAGGCCCUGGUGUACCAGCGGCGGGAGCAGGUAGCUCUCAUGUCUCUCCUGAACGGGAAGGCGGACACGGAGGAUGAAGCUUGGGCCAAGCUGCAAAAGAUAACCUUGACAUCCCCAUGGGCUGGAGAGCGCUCCCCAGAAGCCAUUGAGAAGAGCUGGUACAUCCUGCAUAGGUCGGUGACACCCAUGCCUUCGCCUCCUCCCUGA